AGAAACACGUUUUCGAUUUUCCGAGAUAUUUAAAUGCCCGAGAAACAUUUCAUUACUUCCCGGCCUGGAGGAUACAUAACCGUGUCCCAGAUAUUGACCGCCUUACUGAUUCAUUUAUAUAAUCCUGUAUAUGCUACAGAAGCUUCAUGCAUGGCACACUGUCAAUACGCGCAAUAACGAAGGGGAAGCAGAUUGCAGUUGAGCUCCACACAGGCAAAAAGGACUGUUUCUGUAACAGCAGGCAGGUCUCAAACAACCUGCACCGACCUGUUUAACAGGUCCAUGGAACUACCCUCAACGAAAGGAACCUUUCAAAACUAGGAAAGCAUUGUUAUGUAAACUCCACACAGGACAGUGCGUGUAGCGGCAUGUGAGGAGCUCAGGGUGUAGUACAGCGCUGGCCCUGCGUAUAGUACAACGUAUUUCACGUGCAGCCUCUGCAUAACCUUCAGGUCACGUGGCCCAUAAGCCCUGAGUUCAAGUGCCGUUCAAAGUAAGGGGACAUGAUAUAGCUGCCUCGUCUCCAGAUGGAUGUGGACUUACCCAAGAGUUGAUUUUACAGCUGUUGAUGACAGAACUUGUGCAUUGUAUGUUUUUCUUGGAUACGCUGAUUAACACGGAUUAAGGAAACGUCAUAAUGGCUAACGGUUUCGAAGACUUUUGUGGAGGAACAUUUUGGAACAACACGGAACUCUUGCACAACUCCUGGCCAGAGCUGACGCCAUGCUUCCGGUCUACAGUGCUGAUUUGGGUGUCUGUGGUUUUCUUAUGGGUGUCCGCUGCCUUCUAUUUGCCCUACAUUAUCUCCCAGAAGACAAAGGCCAGGCUCCCCAUCUCGACUCUCAACAUUGUCAAAACUUUUAGCAGCGGCAUCCUCUGUCUCCUGUCACUCGUCAACAUUCUCCACCUGGUGGCCACCCAGAACAACGGGAACACAGUUUCACAGGCUGAAUACCUAGCCUUCUCUCUGCAGUGUAUCACAUACCUGCUGACGAUCGUUAUCAUGCAGAUAGAUCGACUGAGAGGGGUAUAUACGUCUGGUAUAUUGUUCGUGUUCUGGACACUGGAAGUGAUGGCUGCUGUUAUACCAUUUUAUACUUACAUAAUACAAAAGGAAUACGACACCGACUUGUUAACGUUUGUAGUUUUUUAUGUUAAAUUUGGAUUGCAACUCUUCGAAUUUAUCCUGCAAUGGAUUUCGGAUGUCCCGAAAGUACGAGAUGGAUACGACGUUAUUGGAAACCGACCAUGUCCUGAAGUUACAGCCUCGUUUCCCUCCAGAUUUGUGUAUUGGUGGAUCACAAAGCUGGUCGUCAUUGGCUACAAACGAGGCAUAGUAGAGGAAGAUCUCUGGGACCUCAACCCACGUGAUCAGAGCCAAACCUUGGUGCCACACUUUGAGAAAGAAUGGGCCGAAGAAGUGAAGAAAGUAAAGACAAAAAAUCAUAUUCUGAGGGCGAAAAGAAAAGUGAUUUACACAAACGGUGCAGUGUCUAUCGGACAUACACACACGGAAAGAACCCCGCUCAUCUCGUCCACCAAAUCCAGUCCACUGGUCAAGGGUAUGAUCAACUCCACGGACAAAAAGGCCGACCUCGACGACUCGUCACGUGGUCUGCUGAAGCCAUCAUUGAUAAAGGUUCUAUGGCGAUUGUAUGGCUGCAGUCUGCUUCUGUUGUUUGGCGUCAAGUUUGUGGCCGAUCUUCUACAGAUGGCAGGGCCUCUAGUUAUGAGCGCUUUGAUUAACUACAUCUCCGACAAGACCCCCGGCGAGGAAUGGAAGGGGUACGUACUGGCAACGUCGCUGUUGCUGUUGUCCACGUUCCGGAGCAUCUUCUACCAGGCCAGUAUCAACCAAGCCGCCAUUCUCGGGAUGCAAAUGAAGACCACCCUAAUCGCGGCCCUUUAUAAGAAGGCCCUGACACUAAGCAACGAGGCCAAGAAAACCACGACAACCGGCGAGAUUGUCAACUUGAUGUCCGUGGACAGUCAGCGCAUCAAUGACGUCAUGAAUUACCUGUACCUGUUGUGGUCAGUUCCCGUCCAGAUCAUCCUGUCCACCAUCCUGCUGUACGUCACGAUAGGACCGUCCGUGUUUGCCGGUUUCGGCGUCCUCCUCAUCAUGAUUCCCUUCAACGGCUUCCUCUCCAACAUACAACGUCAUCUACAGGCCAGGAACCUCAAGGAGAAAGACGAGCGGAUCAAACUGCUGAAUGAAAUCCUGAACGGAAUCAAGGUGUUGAAGCUGUACGCGUGGGAGGAGUCGUUCAAGAGCAAGGUGGAGGAGAUCAGAAAGAAGGAGAUAAGCUCACAGCUGAAGAUCGCCUACCUCUCUAUUCUCACUGGGCUCGGCUGGACCGUCGCACCGUUCCUGGUAGUUGCAGCAACGUUUGCUGCAUACAUCCUCGCCGACCCCAACAACCAGUUGGACGCCAACAAAGCCUUUGUCACCCUCUCCCUCUUCAACAUCCUCCGUGUCCCCAUGAAUCUUCUGUCGGCCAUCAUGUCGUAUACCGUUCAGGCCUACGUGUCGGUCAAGAGAGUGAAUUCCUUCCUAUGCAGUGAAGAUCUCGACUCCAGCAACGUCACGUACGACAAACACGCCGAAUAUGCAAUACAAGUGGAAAAGGGUAUCUUCACCUGGGACAGGUCUCAGUCCCCAAACUUGAGGGGCAUCAAUCUGAGGGUGCCGGAAGGAAAACUUGUCGCCAUUGUUGGUCACGUGGGUAGCGGGAAGUCAUCGUUUUUAUCCGCCAUCUUGGGUGAGAUGGAGAAACUGUCAGGCACUGUAACGGUCAAGUCAUCAACGGCCUACGUGCCACAGCAAGCCUGGAUCCAAAACGCCUCACUCAAAGACAACAUACUCUUUGGCAAAAAAUUCCGGGAAACUAAGUAUCAAACAGUGAUCGACGCAUGCGCACUGAAGCCGGAUCUUUCUAUCUUAGCUGCCGGGGAUGAGACUGAAAUAGGAGAAAAGGGUAUCAACUUGAGCGGAGGUCAGAAGCAGCGCGUGAGUGUUGCACGUGCGGUUUACAACAACGCGGAUAUCUAUCUGUUUGAUGACCCUCUGAGUGCCGUGGACAGCCACGUGGGAAAACACAUCUUCAAGAAAGUCAUCGGCCCCAAUGGCUUACUCCAUGGAAAGACCCGGAUCCUGGUGACACACGGCGUCCACUGGCUCCCCAUGGUGGACCACAUAAUUGUCAUGAAUGACGGCUGCAUCACUGAGACCGGAAGUUACGACGAGCUUAUGUCCCACGACGGCCAUUUUGCCCAGUUCCUGAAGACCUACCUCAUAGAACAGGAAGAUGAUGAGAGUGAGGAUCCAGAAAUCCAGAUGAUCAAGGAGAAAAUGCUGGAAAGGGUAGAAUCUGUGACGUCAGAUGGUACGUCGGCCGACGAGGGCUCAUCAAGGCUCAGAAAGAGGCGAACAAGCCAGGGACUGAGUGGGUCAGGGAGGAGAAGAUCGACCAUUGAGAAGAAAGAGACCGACACCAUGAAGGCAUUACAAGGACGACUGACACAGACGGAAACCAUGGAGACAGGAAAGGUCCGGUGGAAUGUGUUUCUGAUGUACGGAAAAGCUGCAGGGCUACCGACCAUCACGCUUUCACUUAUCCUCUUCUUCGCCUUCCAAGCCGUAAACACGGGGGCGGGAUUCUACCUCACCAACUGGACGGAAGAUCCACAGCUCGGCAAUUCCUCGUCCCUCCCACCGGAAGAGUAUGCGGCAUUGAAUAAGAAGUAUCUUGGAACAUACUGGUCCUUCGCCUUAGCUAUAGUCGCCAUCAUGGCAGUCUGUGGCUAUCUGUUCUGGACGAGAUUAGUCAGAGCCGCCGCACGUCUCCACGAAGCAAUCCUUAGCCGCGUCUUCCGAUCACCCAUGGCGUUCUUCGACACCACGCCCCUCGGACGAAUCAUCAACCGGAUGUCACGUGACGUUGAGACAAUCGACAACACGCUGCCAAUUAUCGUGAGGAUGUUCAUGUCGACAGUGACGAACGUGUUGGGAACCAUUGUCAUCAUUAGUAUAAAUACACCUCUCUUCAUAGCCGUGAUGAUUCCACUGCUAAUCCUCUACUACUUCAUACAGAAUUUCUACAUUCCGACUUCCUGCCAACUGAAACGUAUCGAGUCCGUGACACGCUCCCCCGUCUACGUCCACUUCAGCGAGACCAUCACUGGAUCCAGCAGUAUUCGGGCAUACGGUGCCGUGGACAGAUUCAUAGACGAGUCCAAGAAGAGAGUGGACAAAAAUCAGGUUUUCUAUUUCGGAGGCAUCGUCUCGAACAGAUGGCUCUCAUAUUACCUGGACAUGAUCGGAACUAUCAUCAUCUUUGCCUCCGCCAUCUUUGCUGUGUUGUCUCCAGACGCCAGUGGGGGUCAGCUAGGACUAUCGGUGUCAUACGCACUACAGGUGUCCGGCGCUAUGGGCUGGAUGGUGAAGCAGAUCAGUGACCUCCAAACCAAUAUUGUCUCUGUAGAGAGGGUGAAGGAGUAUUCCGAGCUGCAAACAGAGGCGGACGCGGUCCUCCCAGACUCUCGACCCCCCACAGACUGGCCCCAGAAUGGUACCGUGCACCUGAACAACUACAGGACACGAUACAGGGACGGCCUUGACCUUGUCCUCAAGGGGAUCACGUGUACUAUCAACGGAGGGCAGAAGGUGGGAAUUGUGGGUAGAACUGGCGCCGGCAAGUCGUCCUUCACCUUGGCUCUGUUUAGGAUCCUUGAAGCCGCUGGAGGCUCCAUUGUGAUAGACGGGAUCAACAUUGCUGAGAUCGGGUUGUAUGACGUCAGAUCCAGACUGACGAUUCUUCCCCAGGACCCUGUUCUGUUUUCCGGCACCAUGAGGAUGAACCUGGACCCCUUCAACGAGUUCAGUGACGCCGACAUAUGGCGGGCACUGGACAGGGCGCAUCUCAAGAGGUUCGUGGUGGACGUGCCCGGCCAGCUGAUGUACGAGUGUGGAGAAGGAGGGGAGAAUCUCAGCGUUGGACAAAGACAGCUGGUGUGUCUUGCUCGUGCUCUAUUGCGCCACACAAAAGUCCUGGUACUUGAUGAAGCCACGGCAGCUGUUGACAUGGAAACGGAUUCCUUGAUUCAGAAGACAAUUAGGGAAGCCUUUAACGAUUGCACCAUCAUCACUAUAGCUCACAGGUUGAACACGGUCAUGGAUUAUGACAGAAUCAUCGUAAUGGACGCAGGGAUGAUAAAGGAGUACGACACACCCGAAAAGCUUCUCAGCAACUCAAACAGUAUAUUUUACGGACUGGCCAAAAAUGCUGGCCUAAUAUGAAUAUGACCUCUAUUUCGACGAAGGUCAAGUUUUCAAACCACAUAUCAAGGUCGCGUAUAACUCCCCUUGAAUCCGCUUCAUUAACUCGCUGGAGCUUGAGGUUCUGUGAAAAACGACAUUGUAAGAGGUGACGUGACCUUGAAAGUACUUGAGGAAGUGUACAGUUUACUGUACGUGAUUGGUUCCACGAACGAAAAGAUGGAUGGAUGGUGGAUGACGAUAUAACUGUGAUACUCCAAUACAAUCAGUAUAUUGUAUAUAUACGCCUUGAUAAACAGCUGAGCAUCAUCUCUUCUGUGUACUGCCAACUUCCGAUGGAUCUCAUUUUCCUUGCUGUUCAAUGUCGCGCCGAUGCUUGUUAUAGCGAAUACUGUUCCCUCGAUGGUUGGUAGGACCAGGUCAUGUGACUCAAAGAAGCAAACGAUUGAAAAGCUUAUCAUUGCAAUGGACCAGUUAUACAUUAAAAAGAAAUAUUAGGCUAUAGAUUUCGGGUUCCGUUCAAGUAUGAGUCAGUCACAUGAGAAUAGAAGCAAGUGCUUGUACGAAGAUUAGAGAAAGGGUUAUUCUAUACUGCAAUAUAUUGUAAACGGUGCUCGUUUAUGUCAUAUAUAUCCUGCCACUUGACUGCAGAAUUCAUACUUUUCUUUGUACACGUGUCCUUAUUGUUUACUGUUAUUGUUAAUACAACAGUUAGAUCACUUAGUCUAACUGAGUUUAGUAUAGUAUUAUAUGGAGUAUUAUAGCUCGUUCACAAAGCUUUUUUAGCUGAGUGAACCGUUACGGUGUACCCAGAAUAUGUCCGCAGUUUUGUUGGGUUUUUUUAUGGUAAAAUACAAUAGUACAACAGUACAGCUAAGCUAAAGGCGUGUAACAUUGUUAAAUGCUAUGCUAUUAAAUAGAAAAAACAAGAUGUGGUUCAUAGUCGCUGUGGGGUUAUUUCCUCUGUAGGUCAGACGUGUUCUGGUAUACUAGGGCGGAAGGAACGCCUCGUUGGUGUAGUGGGAACAGCGUUGUCCUGGGUGCGGAGGGUCCUGGUUCGAAUCCAGGCCCUUUGUAUCAGUAGACAUUAAAGGUGGUGUUUGUUGUUUCCCUGCACUCGGAGAAAUAGGUGAUAAAAAUGACUGUCUGGCUUACCGGUUUCAUGCACAGGGGCUUGUAACGCUAAAAAACUGCCAUCAAGGCAUGUACUAUCACUGAUAUAGUGCUAAGACCCCGUCAGUGAUAGUACAUGGCUGUAUCCAUAUCGCCGGAGGUAUUUCAUUCGGCUUGUGAGUGCAAUGUGUGAAGCCCAUUUCCGGUGUCGCCCGCCGGGAUAUUGCUGGAAUAUUGCUGGAAUAUUGCUAAAAGCGGUGUAAAACCAUACGCACUCGGUUUGCCUAUCAUUACGUCUCCAUAUUAAUUGCUUAUGACAAUGGAUCUUAUGUCACCAUCAUGUUUUUAUACUUAAUGCAAAAGUUAAGAAGCUAUUACUGAAUAUAUACUGAUUUGUGCAAGUCUGUAAUUUUGCCACUCUGAAACCAAAAUAAAUGCGACGCUGUUCAA